GGGGGCGCUGAAUACAUUAACUUUUCCGGAAGCUCGUUGUGAAGAAACACCACAGAAGAAGUUGCAUCAGAUUUUAACAUGGCUACUCCUAUGCACAGAAUAAUUGCCAGGAGACAAGCGGAGGCAAACAAACAGCAUGUACGAUGUCAAAAGUGUUUGGAGUUGGGACACUGGACCUAUGAAUGUACGGGCAAAAGAAAAUACGUCCACAGACCAUCAAGAACAGUUGAGAUGAAAAAGAAAUUGAAAGAAGUCGAAAAUAAACCACUAAGCAUUACUGGACCAGGAAGGGAAGGUUCACACGAGAAGAAACUCAAAAAGAAAGCAAAAGACGCCGACGACGGCAGCGGGGCCUCAGGAAACUCCUCCAGCGACUCCUCAUCUGACAGCAGCGACUCCAGCUCUUCCUCUGAUGACAGCGACAGCAGCAGCGACAGCGACAGCUCCUCGUCUUCAUCCACAACAUCCUCUUCCUCUUCAUCCUCGGACAGCUCGGACUCGGGGAGCAGCAGCGAUUCAGAUCAAGAACCUCCUAAGAAGAAGAAAAAGAAAAAAUAGAAAGGGAAUGUUGUUGUUUAGUUGUUUUCCUCAAUAAACUUUUCUAAACUCUCUCGACUAGAUGGCACCAGAGCUGCACAGGUUUGGUGGGGAGGAAUUCGGCUGAAUAGUAUUUGAUCGUUGCAUCUUCUGCUUAGAAAAUGUUUCUAUUUCUGAGAAAUGUUCAUAUGUUUAUAUUUGGAUUCUGGAUACAAAUAAAAUGAUGAUAAAAAGCAA